UUUUUUUUAAGGUGCUCGAUGAAAGGUCGUUUAUAAAGUCUGAAGGUAUACAUGCGUAUUCUUUUAUGUUUAUUUUAGAGAAAAAAAUGAAGGAUACAAUGUUCAUUCUGUUUUUGUUUACUUUGUUACAAAAUAUUCAUAAUGGUAUUUGCGAGCCGUGUAAUGGUUAUGACAAUCUCAUGGUUGUUGCGAAAGAAGUAAACAGUACCCACAUGGACAACUGUUGGAAUAUCAAUUCAACCAUUUAUUGUAAUUCCUUGUCUAAAAAAAUGCAAAGUCAUAUAAAAAAUAACAUGUGUAUACUUAUAAAAACUAAUUUGGUAUUACAAACAUCAUUUACUGUUAGUAACAUAGACCGACUAAAAUUAACAUCAACUUCCAUGGAAAUUAAAUGUGAGUUAUCAAAGAAUAACAGUAGUAAUGAUAUUGGUGUAUCCUUUGUCUCGUCUUCCAAUGUAAUUGUUUCGAAUUUGAUUCUAAAUGAAUGCGGAAAGAGGCAUCACAUGCAAGACAGUAAUGACCUUUCGCUUAAUUCAGCACUGUAUUUCCAGAAUGUGACAAAUGUCACAUUGGAAAGUGUGAAGUUUAAAAACAGCUUUGGUUAUGGUGUUAGUUUAGUGGAUGUAAAAACUGAUAUUAAACUCACAAAUGUGCUAGUUAUAGGGAGCAAAGCCGUACCGCUUUUAAUUAACAACACAGUAAAACAUGAGUACUCUUCAGGGGGAGGUAUACUCUUUAAAUAUUCAAAAGGUUAUGAGCAACCUGGGGACAAAAUUAUCUUGAAUUCUUGCCACUUAAUUAUGAAUUAUAUCUCUGCUCUUAGCACCAAAACAAUUCCAGACCAUCUCCCUUUUGGUAAAGGCGGUGGAUUGACUGUCAUAAUGUUAGGAAAGUUUACUAACAGUAAAUUUGUUAUUAAUGGUAUAUUUGAAGGAAAUAAAGCUGAAUGGGGAGGUGGAGUAUAUAUGUAUUUCUCACGGUUAGCAAGAAAUAACAAAUUUAACUUCAACAAGGUUUUGUUUAUGGACAACCAAGCCCAGUUUUCUGGUGGUGCUGUUUACAUUGUGGAAAGUACCAGUAGUAAUAACCAGAUCACAUUUUCAGCAGCUGAAUUUCGCAACAACAAGGCAAUGUAUGGUGGUGGCAUGAGUAUUGUCGUGAUGAAUAACAACAACUGGAACAAUCCAGGAGACAAAGUUCGACUUCACGGUGCUACUGUAAAAACGGACCUUGGAAAAGUAUCACUUUAUGCAUGUAAAUUUGAUAAUAACAAUGCUAUGUUGGGUUCUGCAAUGCAUAUACAAAGAGUCAGAGUUGAUUUUUAUAACUUAGAAACAGCAAAUGGAAAUGUUUUAAAGGAUCGUAAUAGAAAUGCUGGUAAAGGAGCUCUUUAUGCGUAUGAUAGUGAUUUGUUAUUUUUGGGGACAAGCCACGUCACAUAUAACAACAACACAGCUUUAAUUCUCGACUGCAGUGAUUUGUCAGUAAAUGGCAAUCUGUAUUUUGAAAACAAUAUUGGCUUUGAUGGUGGAGCAUUAGCUUUAUAUGGCCAUUCACAAAUAAUUUUGGAUUCUACUUCAAAUUUGCAAUUUAAAAAUAAUUAUGCAAGCAACAGAGGAGGUGCCAUAUUUGUUAUGAUUCCAGGACCACCCUUUAAACCGUGGAAGACAACCGAACUUCAAUUCUACAGUUGCUUUUUUAGGUUUGCCGAGUCUAGUGAUAGUUCGUAUCGCAACUUUACUGGACGUGUUUUGUUUUCUCGAAAUUAUGCUGAUGAGAACUAUGGCAACGACAUAUAUGCUUCAUCAUUACAAAAUUGCAGACAACCUUAUCAAAUGAAUAUGUCCGAAGUCAUUACUGAUUGGCCAAAUUUCGAAAUAAAUAAAAAUGAUAGCCGCUCAAUACUUACUUAUGCAAUUGACAUAAGAGUUAACAAUACAAAUUGGAUGUAUGUUACCCCUGGAAAGAUAUUUGAUGCUUAUGUUUUACUAAUUGAUGAGCGAGGCAACAGUGUUCAAGGGACCAUCGAUGUGCUAACUCAUAGUGAUAAUGUAAGUGUAGAAACUAAUCCAGCAUUUGCUGUCAAGGACAAAUCAAUCAAAAUUUCCUUAAUAGGCCCUGAAUAUAAUUCGUACAAUGUUGUAAUUGCUUUAAGAGGUGGUGUGCCUGUAUCAAAGACAUUAACGUCCCUGCGGUUAGGAUAUUGUCCAUUUGGAUAUAAAUUUAAUGAAAGUGGGAAAUGCCUUUGUGAUAUGGUGAAUAAUAUGAAGAAAGGGAUAGCGGAGUGUUCUCCGGAGGAACUUUACCUCUUCCCUAACAGAUGGGUACGGGUUGUUGAAUCUAGAUUUCCUGUCAAUGUUAUCAGCCAUAUUUGUCCUAAUGGUUAUUGCAAUAAAUGCAACACGACACAGAGUGCCGUUUAUUGUUUUUAUGAGAAAGACAAACAGUGUGACAGCUCGCGUAAUCAAUCUUCACGACUUUGCAGUGAAUGCAAAACUGGUUUUUCAAUACCAGUUGGUGGUGAAGUGUGUAUUAAAUGUAAUAAUACAAGAAAUUGGAUCUGGGUUUCAGUAGUUAUAAUAUUCGGUUUGACCGUUUUUGUUGCUGUAUUACUGGUAUUUAAUCUGGAUAUCAUGUCUUUUUAUAUAAAUGGUUGCCUUUAUUCAUAUCAAAUAAUCGACAUUCUCUACGCACCAGGUCAAAAAAUUGAUAAAUUUCUGCAAUUUAUAAUUGGAAUUGCAGAGUUUACAACUAAAACCUCAGCAUAUCCAUCACUAUGUUUGUGGGAUGGUAUGAACAACAUGCAAAAGUUGGCGUAUAACUAUAUCAUUCCAUUUUGGAUGGUAAUUACCGUGUUUGCUGCUUAUUUAUAUGCUAGUUACAAACCACGAACAUAUCUGACAAAGAAAAGAUGUUUACGAGCGUUCACCAUUAUUGCUGUCAUGGCAUAUUCUGAUCUAAUGAGAAUCUCGUUUUGGCUACUAAACCCAGUGGUAAUUGAUGGGAAUAAGUAUCUUUACAUAUAUGCGAAAGAAGAAUUCUUAGGUGCUGCUCACUUGCCAUAUGCGUUGACAGCAGUAUUUGUCCUAAUCUUCUUUGUUAUCGUGCCCGUACUUCUUUUAUUUUCGACCCCAUGGUUAAACAAUCGAAGGUUUGGUCGCUUAUCAAUACCAUUCUCAUAUUUUCAAUCAAUAGUUACAUCAUUUAAUUAUGGUUUAAAAGAUGGCUAUUUAUGGUUUCCUACAUUUUACUGUUUUUGUCGAUUGUUUGUAUUCUCGAUUGGAGUGUUUCUACCAAGCGAACCAUAUCAGUACAUUAUAUUGUCUAUCUUCUGUUUGAUUGUGUGUGCAUCAUUUUCUGUGAUCCUGCCUUACAAGAAUAAGUGGUACAACACAGUGGAAACAAUUCUUUUAGCAAAUUUGGGAGUAAUUGCUGUUUUCAGCCUUGGUACAGAGAGCGUUUUUAAGGAAAAGGAAAAGAAGAUCUGUCAAACUAUCAUAUGGAUGCUAUCCUACAUACCUAUGUUUGUUGUACUUGUUGCUGUGUUGUAUCGAGCUUCAAAGAAAAUUAUAAUUCGUUUUCAUCACAAAAGGCAAAUUGGAGGUAGAGGAUGGGCGCCUGUCCCAAAUCGUGUAAUCAUGGACAGUGAUGAGCUUGAAUAUCACGCUUAUCAAGACUAAAAACAAAACAAAGUUACAACCUUUUUGGAUAAGUGAGUGUGAAUUUUAGUUCACUGUUUUGAUUUUGAUCAAGUGUUCAUUAUAGUGAUUAUAAAUUUUCAGUCAAUUACGACUUUGUUGUUCUUAAUAUGAUUUUUUUAUGAUUCUUAAUAUGGAUUUUUUGUAACAAAUUAUAUAUUAAUUCUAUUAUAACGUAAACGUGAGAUCCAUUGUAUAAACUUUUUGCCUGAGGUUGACUCAAGAUUGAAAUUUGAAUUUGCAUAAACUUUGUUGAUUCUAAGCACUUGACUCAUUUCACUUGCACUUGCAACAAGUGUCUGGCCGGUUUAACAGUCCUUUUUCCGGGUGCCAUAACUCUGAAAUUUCUGAAAAAAAUCCUAGAAAAUUGCGGAAAUAAAAAAAAAUCUGGAAAGCAAUGUUUUCCCAUUCUAUUAUUUGGUCUACAUUCAGGUUUUUUUUCUCUGUCAAGUUUAUGUUUUUUGUAUUUUUUUAUUUAUUCAUUAAAUUUUUUUUGUAUUUUUUUUUGAAACGAAAUUACGCCGCGGUAAAGGUCAGAAAGACACCAGUAAAAUUCCAGAAAUUUGCUUUCUGAAAAUCAGUGGCCAGGUACUUUGGGAAGAAAAUUCGUUCAUUCAUGACCACAUUUUAACCAGCAUUUUUUCGGUAAAUUUUUAUAAUUGUAUACUUGUUUGAUAAUUUGUCUUUUGUCAUUUUCGUUUGCUCCUGCUUUAACCUUCUAAAUCUUUGCUAUUCAUUUUAUAUUUGUACAUAGUAAUGUAAUUUUUAAAAAGUUUAUUAAUUUUAUAUAUAUAUCUAUUUUAUAAUACCCGUAUACGUCUGUCCGUCCGUCUGUCUGUCACGCAAAAUGGUAGCUUAGCUGCGCAGGUAGCACGCAAUGUGGUAUAAAAAGGACGGGCGAACCCGUGGAUUUUUCCACGGGCACAUUUACACAUUAAUGUAUAUAAAUUUAAGUAAUAAUUGUUGAUUCUUAGAACAUGACAAUGUAAAUACAUACCGUAACUUCUUAGUUAAUCCCCAGGACACCUAUUGUAACAAUAUUACAUCUUGAAGGUGGCAUCUAAUCGAGACGCUGAAAAAAUUUUACUUUACUGCUUUUAGUAUUUUACUUUUAUCGAAUGUAUGAACUUGCAACUUUUUAUCAAUUAUAUGGUAAGUUAAGUUCUAAUGUGCUUAUUUUUACUUUGUAAACAAUGUUUUGCUUUUACAACUAUACAGAUGCUAUUUCUGAUCAUUUGUGAUUACUUUUUGUUGAUAUAUUUGUUUGUUUGUUUUUAUUUGUUUAUUAUUCAGGGCUAAGUCAGUAUUUUAUAGGUAGAAUUGGGUAAAAAAAAGUUACAAGUAGUUGUGUUUUUGCAACUGGAUGUAGCUGUGCUUUCCAUAUGAUAUUUUUAUACAUGAGUUGUGAAUGUUUACAAAGUUCUGCAUAUGCGCGCGUAUCCUGGCAGGCAAUACAAAAAGAUGUUCAUCUUA